AUGAGUCUACUUAACAAACAACUCUUCAGUCGCUUUGGUGCUCCUGAAUAUGCGAUGCUCUUGCUAGUGGCAGUAGCUGCAUUACCUUCGUUUUACAUAUUCUCAACGAUAAGCUGUGGCAAACGGACCGAGAGCCAAUUUGAGGAAGAAGGAGUCGGCGACGAGAGUGAGGAACCAGGAGUACCUGAAAGCCAGGGUUCCGAAGGAGAAGGACCUCCAAGUGGCGUAUCAGGUGAAGGAGGACCACCAGCUAGUAAGGAUGGACAACCGAUUGAGAUGUCAGCCAACCAUCCUCAGAUAAACUUUGUCCUGCAAUUUCAAGGCGAGCCCACGGAAGAAUUUCUAAGAAACCUGAAAGGAGUGUUACUUGCGGCAAAUACAUUUGUUUGGAGUGCGCAGAAGCGCGCUGCUGCACAAACUGCAUCAUGGAAGGAUUUAGCCAGACGGGUCACCAGUCUACAGACCGAAGGAUUCGACGUAAUACCCGGAUCUGAUGAGGCAAAACACCUGAGGAGGAUAGAGUCCCAAAGACAUGUCAAGCCUCCGCUCAUUCUUUUCAUAGAAAAUACCGAACCAAAGAAGAAAAAGAAGAAGAAAAAGAGGAAAAACAAAAGGGAGAACGGGAUUUAGAAUCUGAUCACAAAAGC